AUGGCGACGCAACCACAAAGUCUGCCUGUGGCGGUUGCGCGUAAUAUCGCGGCGCUCAUUCCCGAAGGAGAGGUGAAAAAGCGUGUACCCGCGGAUUUGUCCGCGGCAACGCUGGCUCUCGAGAAGCUCCAAGGUACCGACCUCGCCCCAGGCCUCAAGCCCCCCACUGUACAGACCAAGCUCUGGCGCUCCGUCCAAGAUCAUGGACAGGGAAGCGUGGACUUGCGGACACAGCAAAUGCGAAGACGCGGAGCAGCAGACAGAGGACCCGCGCUGUACACUUCCAAGGCUUUCGAGAGGAGAGGUCUGCUUACGGACAUCACCCAGUCCGGCUCAUGCCUACAAUACGCAUGCGACUUAAUCAUUCCAAACCCCGGUCGCUGA